UGUGUCUUCGUCUAGGGUUUUAGCUCCGCAGCGUCGUCAUCUCUUUUCAGCUCCGGACGCCAUCUCUUUUAAUCAAUGGCGGUUGCUCCUGCUGCUGCUGGUGCUCUACCGGAGGUGAAGCUUUUCAAUCGGUGGUCUUUCGAUGAUGUUGAGGUCAGCGAUAUAUCCCUAGCAGAUUAUAUUGCUGUUAAUCCUGAAAAGCAUGCUACAUUUGUCCCCCAUACUGCUGGCAGAUACUCUGUCAAAAGGUUCCGGAAGGCUCAGUGCCCAAUUAUUGAGAGAUUGACAAACUCUCUGAUGAUGCAUGGUCGUAACAAUGGCAAGAAACUGAUGGCAGUUCGCAUUAUCAAGCAUGCGAUGGAGAUCAUUCAUCUUCUUACUGAUCAAAACCCAAUCCAAGUAAUCGUAGAUGCUGUCAUCAACAGUGGGCCGAGGGAAGAUGCUACUCGGAUUGGUUCGGCUGGUGUUGUGAGACGUCAGGCGGUUGAUAUCUCUCCAUUGAGAAGAGUUAACCAGGCAAUAUAUCUCCUCACGACUGGCGCUCGCGAGAGUGCUUUCAGAAACAUCAAGACAAUCGCUGAGUGCCUCGCAGAUGAGCUCAUCAACGCAGCUAAGGGUUCUUCCAACAGCUAUGCGAUCAAGAAGAAGGAUGAGAUUGAGCGAGUUGCCAAAGCAAACCGUUGAUUCCCAUGCCCUGUUGAGCAAGGGCUGGCUCGUUUUGAAAUAUAUUUUCUUCGAUUUUGUCAUUUUUUUCCCUUUUGUUAAACAUUAAUCUAUUUGGAUUUUAAUUUGAAGCAGUUUUGAUUUAUAUUUUGGAUAUGGAGUUGAGACCAACAAAAUAUUGUUUGAAAUGAUUCUGCAUUUUGGCUUGAA